GCACGUUCCGGGGCGGCGCUAUGUAUUGCGGCGCUAGGGGAGAAGAGAGUGGCGGUUCCGCUGAGGCGGUUCUGAGUGUGAGAAAGACCGUCAUCGUCCCUCGCAGCGCCCGCUAUGUCUGAGGCGGCGGUGGCCGAUACGCGGCGCCUCAACUCGAAGCCGCAGGAUUUGACGGACGCCUACGGGCCACCCAGCAACUUCCUAGAGAUCGAUAUCUUCAACCCGCAGACCGUGGGCGUCGGUCGGGCCCGCUACACCAGCUAUGAGCUCCGCAUGAGAACAAAUCUGCCCAUUUUCAAACUGAAAGAGUCCUGUGUGAGACGACGAUAUAGUGACUUUGAGUGGCUGAAGAAUGAGUUGGAGCGUGACAGUAAGAUUGUAGUGCCUCCACUGCCUGGCAAAGCCUUGAAACGCCAGCUUCCAUUCCGAGGAGAUGAGGGCAUCUUUGAGGAGUCUUUCAUAGAAGAAAGAAGACAGGGCUUAGAACAGUUCAUAAACAAAAUCGCUGGACACCCGUUGGCACAAAAUGAGCGCUGCUUACAUAUGUUCCUGCAAGAAGAGACCAUCGAUAGAAAUUAUGUCCCAGGGAAAGUUCGCCAGUAGGAGAGUCUGGCAUUCUCCAUUUCUUUCUCUCUCCCCCCUGCAAAAAUGACAUUUAUUUUUACAAUGUCCCUUCUGAACCAGCUUUUUCUCUCUGAAUCUCCCCACUUGUCCAGUGUUGCCUGCCAUGCUGUCCCAUUCCACCCCCUUAUCAGGCAGCAGUGUUUGGUUCCAUUGGUCUUUGGUCUCUACAUUAAAGGUGAGAAUCUGCACCUAUUGCUUGUUGAACGUGAGCCAAGAACUAGUGUAAGGUAUUGCAGCAUGCAUCAGAUCUUCCUGUCUCCCUUGUGCAAAGAUGUGGGGAGCUAGACAUCUGUCCCCCUCUCCAUGCAGCCACAGACCUCUGUUGGUGAGUAACUGAUCCUGGAACUCCUCCCCCAGCUGUUGUGGGUGUUCUUUGCCCUUUUGGGUAAUGUUCAUCCCAGAAUCAAGCUUGGCACCAGAAAGUAACAAGUGUCUUCCCUGCCUGCAGAUCAGACGGACCU